AUGGGAUGCGUAGCUAGUACAGCCGGGGAGCUGGAGGUGCUAAUUGAUCAGCAGCGUCUUGUUUCUGAUGCCAUAGAUCGUUCUCUAAACCAAAAGAAGAAACAGGACGCCAACCUAAUUCGUCUUUUCCUCUUGGGGGCUGGAGAUUCAGGAAAAUCGACUGUGCUCAAGCAAAUGAGAUUAUUGCAUAAUUCCAGCUUCACUGAUUUCGAGCGCAAGAAGUAUUCCGACGUUAUAUGGGUGGACAUGAUCGAGUCCAUGAAGAUGCUUUUGCUAAAUGCCAGGAAAUUCAAGAUCCCGUUGGACUGCGAUCGGCCCAAUUCUCCUCUUAUACCACACAAAAGAUUGAUUCUCGCCACCAAGGGCAUUCAUGAUUACGGGGAGGCCGACGAGUCUUUUGUGAAUGAUUACGCGAUUGGAUACGGCAACAAGGUCCGGCGGUCCUCUCGCGACGAAGACGCGGACCUUCCCAACAUUCUGUUGCUAACGGAGGACGACUCUGUUGAUGAAAUAAAGCCAAGCGUGCCCCACAGCAGGCAAGAAAUCGCACGGGCCAUCACUGAAUUAUGGAACCGAGAUAAAGGAGUGAAGGCAUGCUUUGACCAGGCACACAAGUUCCAGCUAGAAUCUUCGGCCCUGUACUAUUUCGACAAUGCGUCCAAAUUCCAAGACCCCAACUACUGUUGCACCGAUAGAGACAUCAUCAUGGGCCGGAUCAAAACAACGGGAAUCACGCAAAACACAUUCCAUGUCAAGGACACGGUCUUGAAAGUGCUAGACGCGGGUGGGCAGCGGUCGGAGCGGAAGAAAUGGAUCCACUUUUUCCAGGACAUCAACGCCAUUAUCUUUGUUCUUGCCGUGCUGGAGUACGACCAGACCUUGUACGAGGACGGCCGGGUGAACCGCAUAGACGAGUCUUUUGCGUUGUUUGAGUCCUUGUGCAACGCCAAGUGGUUUGUCAACACGCCGUUCAUUUUGUUUUUGAACAAGGUCGAUUUGCUCGAGCGCAAGCUCCCGCAUUCGCCGUUCCAAAACCAUUUCCCCGACUACAACCGGGACCCGCUCGACGUCGGGCAUGUGCUAGACUAUUUUGAAGAGUCGCUUUUGAAAUUGAACCGGACAAGAAAACCAAUAUACGUCCAUCGCACGUGCGCCACGGACACGGAUGCCAUGCGGUUCGUGCUCAACGCUGUGACGGACAUGAUGAUACAACAGAACUUGAAGCAGAGCGGGCUCAUGUGA